AUGCAGAUCCAAACCCUUGCCAUCACCCUCCUCACCACCUUGGUUGCGUCCGUCCAAGCAACCGUCACCCUCGGGUCCGGCUGCAGCGGCAGCGGAUACGAUUGCACCUCUACCUUCAACGACAUCGCUGUGUGCAACGGCGCGCAGUGGGUGCUUGCGGCUAAAUUUCUGGAAUGGGGUAUGGGAAUUGACGGGUGA